GCGCCUCAUUCGUAUCGGAGUCGCCGUAGAGCAAACAACUCAAGCCGAGCCUGAGCCGCCGCCAAGCUGCCUAUUAUUUGCCAUAUUGGCUCGGAGGAGUGACUAGGCCUCGCGGUCUCCCCUCUUCCCGAGGAGGGUGUUCGCCCGGGGAGUUCGCCGGGACUGUGGGAUUAGCAGCCGGGGCUGUGGGACGAGGCCUUCCCCCCAGGGAGGCGCGCUGUGAGGGAGCCGAGAAGUACAACAGAUUUGGUGAAGUACUUCAGGCAAUAGUCUUAUGAACAAACUAUUCCAGGGACAUUGGUUUUCCAGAAGAUGAUAAAGAAAUGAUAGCAGCUCCAGAAAUACCCACUGACUUCAGUCUCCUCCAACCCCUAGAUACCUCUCUUCAUGAUAUGGGCCCACUUUCUUGCAAUGCAGGACCAAGGGAGACAGAGACACAUUUUUCAUCCGAUACAGACUUUGAUGACCUUGAGGGAAAAAUCCCAAAGCAAGGAAAAGGAAAAAAAGGAAAAAAAGGCCCAAUUGAAAAGGGCAAAUCUUUGAAAGCUGCAGGCCCUAAUUGGAUGAAUGGACAUCAUCCACAAAAUGGUGUAGAGAACAUGAUGCUGUUCGAGGUGGUAAAAAUGGGAAAAAGUGCAAUGCAGUCUGUUGUAGAUGACUGGAUCGAAGCAUAUAAACACAAUAAAGAUGUAGCACUGCUUGAUCUCAUCAACUUCUUUAUUCAGUGUUCAGGAUGUAAAGGUGUUGUCUCUGGAGACAUGUUCCGCCAUAUGCAAAAUUCGGAAAUAAUUAGAAGAAUGACAGAAGAAUUUGACGAGGAUAGUGGAGAUUACCCAUUAACUAUGGCUGGUCCUCAGUGGAAGAAAUUCAAAUACAGUUUUUGUGAGUUCAUUGGAGUCCUGGUUCGCCAAUGUCAAUACAGCAUUAUAUAUGACGAGUACAUGAUGGACACUGUUAUUUCCCUUCUCACUGGACUUUCUGACUCUCAAGUGCGAGCAUUUCGACAUACAAGCACCUUAGCAGCUAUGAAGUUAAUGACCGCGUUGGUUAAUGUGGCCCUUAACUUGAGUAUUAACAUGGACAAUACACAAAGACAGUAUGAGGCGGAAAGAAACAAGAUGAUUGGGAAACGAGCUAAUGACAGACUGGAGCUUUUAUUGCAGAAACGAAAAGAGCUCCAAGAAAACCAAGAUGAAAUCGAAAACAUGAUGAACGCAAUAUUUAAAGGAGUUUUUGUUCACAGAUACCGGGAUGCUAUUGCAGAAAUCAGAGCAAUUUGUAUUGAAGAAAUUGGUGUUUGGAUGAAAAUGUAUAGUGAUGCCUUUCUUAAUGACAGCUACUUAAAAUAUGUUGGCUGGACUAUGCAUGAUAAGCAAGGGGAGGUGCGACUGAAAUGUUUGACAGCUUUGCAAGGACUUUAUUACAAUCGAGAGCUGAACUCCAAACUUGAGCUGUUCACAAGUCGAUUUAAGGAUCGAAUUGUGUCAAUGACUCUGGACAAGGAAUAUGAUGUUGCAGUACAAGCAAUAAAGCUUCUCACACUUGUUUUACAAAGUAGUGAUGAAGUUCUGACUGCUGAAGACUGUGAAAAUGUCUACCAUCUGGUUUAUUCAGCCCAUCGACCAGUAGCUGUUGCAGCUGGAGAGUUCCUUUACAAAAAGCUCUUUAGUUGUCGAGAUCCUGAAGAGGAUGGUAUAAUGAAGAGAAGAGGAAGACUGAGCCCAAAUGCAAACCUUGUUAAAACUUUGGUAUUCUUCUUCUUGGAAAGCGAGUUGCAUGAACAUGCAGCAUACCUUGUGGACAGCAUGUGGGACUGUGCCACUGAACUUCUAAAGGACUGGGAAUGUAUGAACAGCCUCUUGUUAGAUGAUCCAUUGAAUGGAGAGGAGGCACUGACAGACAAACAGGAAAGUGCAUUGAUUGAAAUCAUGCUCUGUACAAUUCGACAAGCUGCUGAGUGCCACCCUCCUGUUGGCAGGGGAACAGGAAAAAGGGUCUUAACUGCAAAAGAAAAGAAAGCACAGUUUGACGACAAGACGCGUAUUACAGAACUCUUUGCAGUAUCACUUCCUCAGUUGUUGGCAAAAUAUUCUGUAGAUGCAGAGAAAGUGACCAACCUGUUGCAAUUGCCCCAGUACUUUGAUUUGGAAAUAUAUACCACAGGACGACUAGAGAAGCAUUUAGAGUCCUUGUUGCGCCAAAUCCGCAAUAUUGUAGAGAAACACACAGACGUAGACGUUUUAGAAGCCUGUUCUAAAACAUACCAUGCACUGUGCAAUGAAGAAUUCACAAUAUUUAACAGAGUGGACAUCGCAAAGAGUCAGUUGAUUGAUGAACUGGCAGAUAAGUUUAACCGCCUACUUGAAGACUUUUUGCAAGAGGAAGAAGAGCCAGAUGAGGAAGAUGCUUACCAGGUUUUGUCUACAUUGAAGAGAAUAACAGCGUUCCACAAUGCCCAUGAUCUCUCAAGGUGGGAUUUAUUCAGUAGCAAUUACAAGCUGUUGAAAACCGGUAUUGAGAAUGGGGACAUGCCAGAGCAGAUUGUUGUCCACGCAUUACAGUGUACUCAUUAUAUCAUUUUAUGGCAACUGGCAAAGAUUUCAGAGGCUGGUGUAACGAAAGAUGAGCUGUUAACCUUGAAGAGACAAAUGAAGGUGUUUUGCCAAAUCUGUCAGCAUUACCUUACCAAUGUGCACCCUGCUGUGAAAGAACAGGCUUUUACCAUUCUCUGUGAUGUUCUGAUGAUCUUUAGCCAUCAGAUUAUGGUUGGAGGUCGGGAAACAUUACAAGCCCUUGUAUACUCCCCAGAUUCAUCCUUGCAGUCAGAGCUACUAAGUUUUAUUUUGGAUCAUGUCUUCAUCGAUCAAGAUGAUGAUAAUAACAGUUCAGAUGGCCAGCAGGACGAUGAAGCAAGUAAAAUUGAAGCUUUGCAUAAAAGACGAAACCUACUUGCUGCUUUCUGCAAGCUAAUAGUUUAUAAUGUUGUUGAAAUGAAUACUGCCGCAGAUAUUUUCAAACAGUAUAUGAGGUACUACAAUGAUUAUGGCGACAUAAUUAAAGAAACAAUGAGCAAAACAAGGCAGAUUGACAAAAUCCAGUGUGCGAAGACGCUUAUACUUAGUUUACAACAGCUCUUCAAUGAAAUGAUCCAGGAACAUGGCUACAACUUUGAUAGAUCGUCGCCAUCAUUCAGCGGUAUCAAAGAGCUUGCUCGACGCUUUGCUUUAACGUUUGGACUUGAUCAGCUGAAAACCAGAGAAGCCAUUGCAAUGUUGCACAAGGAUGGUAUAGAGUUCGCUUUUAAAGAACCCAGUCCGCAAGGUGAUGUCCACCCACCUCUAAAUAUGGCGUUCCUUGAUAUUUUGAGCGAGUUUUCUUCUAAAUUGUUAAGACAAGACAAAAAAACAGUAUAUGCAUAUUUGGAAAAGUUCAUGACAUUUCAAAUGUCUCUCCGAAGAGAGGAUGUGUGGCUACCACUGAUGUCUUACAGAAAUUCUUUAUUAGCUGGGGGUGAUGAUGACACCAUGUCUGUAAUGAGUGGUAUGAGUGGCCGAGGAAGUUCAGUAAGAAGUAAAAAGACAAAACCAGCAACAGGAAAGCGGAAAAUUCCCGAAGCUGAAGAGAGUAGCAGUAGUGAUAGUAUGUGGCUUAACAGGGAGCAAAGCAUGAACACACCAGUCAUGAUGCAAACGCCACAGCUGACGUCCACAAUUAUGAGAGAACCUAAGAGAUUGCGGCCUGAAGAUAGUUACAUGCCAGUCUAUCCAAUGCAGCCUGAGCAUCACCAAACGCCUCUUGAUUACAAUACACAGGUAACGUGGAUGCUUGCUCAACGACAGCAGGAAGAGGUAGCAAGGCAGCAGCAAGAACGAGCAGCUAUGAACUAUGUGAAGUUGAGGUCUAAUCUGCAACAAGCCAUACGGCGUAACACUGGGUUGAUGGAAGAUGAUGAAGAGCCAAUUGUUGAAGACGUAAUGAUGUCAUCAGAGGGGCGAAUUGAAGAUCUUAAUGAGGGCAUGGAUUUUGAUACAAUGGACAUAGAUUUGCCUCCAUCGAAAAACAGGCGGGAAAGAACAGAGCUCAAGCCUGAUUACUUUGACCCUGCUUCAAUCAUGGAUGAAUCUGUUCUUGGGGUAUCAAUGUUUUAAUACAAGUUCAUCAAUCAACUCUGUGGUGAAGUUUUUUUUGUUUUUUGUUUUUUAAAUGGAAGAGGAAGUUUUUAAUGACAAAUUUGUGGUAGAGAACAGUGAAAUUAUGUACAGAUUUUUCUCUAAGGAGAAUAUGACAUGCUUACCAAUAUUAAGUGCAUUGAGGGGCAGUUUUAAUUGCCUAAAAAAAAACUAAAGGACAAGUAAACUGUUUUGAAAGUAAUAAGCUACCUUGUGUUUUGAGGAAAACAUUUUAUUUAUGUAUUUUUAGUUUGGCCAAUUAGGAAAGAAUCCACCAACUUUUUUUAAAUUGUAUUUUAAUAAAAACACCAAUUUAAACCUGUUAA